AUGAGAACCAUGGCUGGGUUUAACAUCAUCUUUGGAAAUCCUAAAAGGCAAUGAAGCGAUUUUUCUCUUUUCUUUUUUUUUUUUUUUUGAUACAGCUGUGUCAGUUUGAAAUUUUAUUUUCGUAUCAGUUCUAAUAGUGUGCCUGCUUGACAUAGUUUCUAUUAAAUGGGCUUGAUAUGAAGUUACUUAAAAAUUCAAGUAUUUAGAGUUUCAGGGCCCAUCAUCUUGAUUUUUGGGCAGUACCUCAAUUUCAUACGGUGUUAUUCUUUUCCAGAGAGAUGGGUCACUGAAUAAUUUACAUUUUAUGGUUGUUUUAUGAGAAAUUAUUUCUGGUUAUAAAUGGUAAACAUCUUCUAGGUUUUGCAGUAAGAAGUAAUUGAUUAUGUUAGAAAAAAAGAACCAUAAGAAGAUGUGUUUUUAAUUUUGACUUCCUGUAAGUACCUUCUAGAGCAGAAGGUUUUCUCUUUGUGGAUUCUGCAUCUUGGAUUUGGGGACUCUGUUGCACUGAGCUGUGCUCUGUGGGGAGGAGCCCGUGGCAGAACAGUUUGGGUUCUGCUGGCCGCCUUUCACUCUAUUCAGAGAGUCUGGGUCCCAGAGAAAGAUGACAGCAGUUAGGUCUUAUUGGGAAGAAAACACGGCUACCAUCCCUGGACCAUUUUGCUUCCCCUGAACAAAUAAGAUAGUCAUUUGCCUACUUUUGGGGAUGGUGCCUGUCCUUUGCACAGGACGAGGUGGCAGCUGGCUUGCCUGCUGGCCUGCUUCAUGGAGAUAGCAUGCUCAGACCCACCGCUGCUCUUCAGGGGUCGUGGAAGGAAUUAAUGCACUUCCUUCUGUCCCCCAGUCUCUGUCCCUUUACGUGUCCCUGGAGCUGAGCAUGUAUUCUUUUUCUUUCUUCAUCUCAGUAGAGCUUUUAAAUUAAAUAGAUGUUGCUUAAGCCAUUCAGAAAUGUUUCACAUUUUAAAAAACAAAAGGUAGCUGCUGCCAUGAUUCCUUUGCCCACUCCUACACCGUGUCGUUGUAGGACAGUCCCCACUUGGCUGUGCUGAGCCCGUCUGGAAGUGUUUCUGAUUCUAAUCAGAAGUGGAACAGUUUCAGUGCAGAUUAUAGGUUCAUGUUAGUGAUGAACUUGGGUGGAGAUGGGGACACAGCUUGUUCUUUCCUCCUGGACUCUCAUCUAGGGUCCUGAGCUGCCGGGGGCCUGGCCACUCCCGCCCUGAGCCCUGCCUUGGCUGAGCUGAUCACCGCUGCAUGUCCCAGGCUGCCGAUCUGCCUGUCACCUGCAGUGCACGUGUGCAUGUGUGUGCAUACGUACGUGCACCACACACAUACUAUGCCCACCUCAUACACACCACACACAUACCCCAUACACACCACACACCAACCACACACAUUACACACACUGCAUACAUACCACACACCACAAACACUACACCAUGCACACAAAACACACGUAUACACUCAACCCUUCCACACUACAUUACACUCCACACACACCACACAUCACACUCCACACCCGCCACAUGCACGUAUCACAUUCACGUCACACCACACCACAUACCACACACCAUACACAGUACACUCCACACACCACACCCUCCAGGACGCCCUGCCACCAUACACACACAAACACCACACACCCACACCAUACUACACAUUUACCACAUACACACCACACACCCCCGCCGCACACAUUUGCAUGCAAACUACUCAUUGAAUGAAACUGAAUGAUUUAGUUUUCCCCAAAUUGAUACUGCCCGCCUGUGCACCCCUGGCUGUCCUGGCCGGCACAUCUCCUGGUCCUGCCCUCCCUUGGGUCAGCACUGCCUCCUGUGUUUCAGGUGUCUCUGGCUGUGCCCUGGGGCGUGUUCAUGUCCUGAUCUUGUGGGAGGCUAGCUCCUCUGCUCCAGUGGCUGCCUUCCUGGAGGAGACCAGCUUGUUUGCCACCUCUCCUGAUGCCCAGAGCAGCAGCCCACGCGGAAAGUCCUGCUUCCUCCCCUCGCUGUCUGCCUUUCCCCACAGGUGGUUUUGUCUCAGUGCUGACAUCUCCCCAGCUAGAAGAGGAGACCCUCAAAGGUGCACAGUGGCUGCCUCUGGGGAAUGAUGGCUGCGUGAGCGCCCGCCAUGCCCCACCAGAAGAGUCUACCAUGGCCCACCGGAAGCGUCUACCAUGGCCCACCAGAAGCGUGAGAGCGCGGGGAGCAGCAUGUUGGAACACAGGGCAAGGCCGGGUCCUGUCCCUCACCAUCAGGAGCCUGAGAGCGAGGACGUGGAGCUGCCCUUGGAGGGCUAUGUGCCCGAGGGCCUGGAGCUGGUCGCCCUGUGGCCAGGGAGCCCCAUGCCCAAGGAGCAGGAGUGCCACAACCACAGCCCCGCUGGGGACUCCAGUUCCGACUACGUGAACAACACCUCUGAGGAGGAGGACUAUGAUGAGGGCCUCCCUGAGGAGGAGGAGGGCAUCCCCUACUACAUCCGCUACUGCCCUGAGGACGACAGCUACCUGGAGGGCAUGGACUGCAACAGGGAGGUGUACCUGGCUCACGGCGCACACCCAGUGGACACUGACGGGUGCCGGGAUGCAGUGGAGUGGACGGCCUGGGCGGGCCUGCACCCCCAUGGUCAUGGGGCUAAAGGCAGCCAGGACUACCCUGAUGGCCAACUGCCCAUCACAGAGGAUGAGCCCUCUGUCCUGGAGGCCCACGACCAGGAAGAAGACGGUCACUGCUGUCCCAGCAAAGAGGGCUACCAGGACUACUACCCUGCGGAGGCUAACGGGAACACCAGCGCUUCUGCCUACCCCCUGAGGUGCGGGGACGGGGACCUGGAGGACCAGGAGGAGGACAUCGACCAGAUCGUGGCAGAGAUCAAGAUAAGCCUGAGUAUGACCAGCAUCACCAGCACCAGUGAGGCCAGCCCCGAGCAUGGGCCUGAGCCAGGGCCUGCAGGCUCUGCAGAGGCCUGCCCACCCGUCAAGGCCAGCUGCAGGCAUGAGGCGAGGCCCAAGUCGCUGAACCUCCUUCCCGAGGCCAAGCACCCCGGAGACCCCCAGAGAGGCUUCAAGCCCAAGACCAGGACCCCAGAAGAGAGGCUGAAGUGGCCCCACGAGCAGGAUAUAGAAGACUUAGAUCACUACGAGAUGAAAGCGGAGCCCAUUAGUGGGAAAAAGUUGGAGGAUGAAGGAAUUGAAAAAGAAAAUUUGGCAAUAUUAGAGAAAUUAGGAAGACUGAAAGGCAAGACCAUUUAAAUGUAGUUGACCCUGAUAGUCCUUUGCACAGUGAUCUUCAGAU